AUUGAAUAGGAUGAAAGUAAUAGACCUAGAAAUAGAACUCAACGAAUCGUCGCUAAUACUUUCCGAAAUACUCAAAAUAUCAGAUGGUCAAGAUUUAAAUACGAUAAAAAAGAGCAAAAGUUUCUUUGAACUCCAAAAGAGCGGUAAGGUAGUGGAUAGAUUAGAUAAGUGCAGAUUUAGCAAGAGCUACAAUGACAUAAACAGCUUGUACGGAGAUAGGAACAUUCAGGCUAACCUAAACAAACUCACCCGAAAGGUAUGCAAUCUCACUAAGGAAAUCGAAAUCAAAAAUUCCAAAAUAAUUGAGCAACAGAGAUGUAUUUCUAUCUUAGAGGAUGCUCUGAGAGACAACAAUAACAUAGCUGAGUUUGAACAACUCCUCGCUGUAAUUAGAAGUAAAGACGAAAGGAUUAACGAUUUGGAAAGAAUAAUUAACAACAAGUCAGGAGCGAUCUCGAAAAUAUUUAAAGAUAAAAGAAUACUAGAAUUGGAAGAUGCCUUGAAAGAAUCAUUUUUAAUAGCUGCGGAAAGAGAAAAGGUAUUUUAUGAGGAAGAACAACAAAGGAUUGAGGCUUUACAAAAGAUGAAAAAAAUGGAACAGCGUUUGUUGUCUUUGCAAAACGCAUCGAUUAUGAACUGCGAGACGUGCUCAACAACACUGCAACGUCUAAAACAGGUUGAAGAGUCACUGAAUGCUUCUGAAACAUCGCGAGAAGCAAUACUGAAACAUUUGUCCUUUUCCAUACAAGACCUGUUAGAGAAAGCAAUAAGUGAGAAGGAUUCACAGAUCGCAGAACUGGAGGUAAAAGGAGUGUUAACUGAGACAGAAACCAAUUCUUGUGAUAAUCUUAAGAAGGAAAAGGACAAAUUGCUUGAGAGAUUAAAAAUAGAGAACGAACUUAUCAUAAAAUUCGAGAAAGGCUUGAACGAAUGUAUACUGCAGGAGGGAGAUGUUAUACCUUUGACGUUGGCUGAUGAACUGUUAGCCGCUGACGGCAACGACGACAUAGUUUGGGAGGAGGACAUCCCAGCGACUGUGUUGUGACUGUCAGCUAAGUUUGUUGUUACUGUUGUGCUAGUUACCAUUGCACUCGCUCUCAUCCGCUACCUUACCGCCAUCGCUUUUCACUCAACGCUUACCGCGACUCCAUCAUGUGAUCAAGGUUCUAUACAGUGUAAUAUAAUGUUAAAGCAAUAAUUCUGUUAGACUAUUUUUACGAUAGAUCUCCUAGUUUCGAAUUCUCCAUUUAUAAAUAGAAUCGUUUUAGUCUAGCGACAUUUCGAAUAGUCUCGAAUCUAUGUUGUUAUGUAGUUUUUUUAGAUUCUACACUUUUUCAUAGUGUUUGUGCAAAGCUAGCGGACUAUGUAGUCGGUAAUAUAAUUUUAAUUGAUUCACAUAUCACGCCUCCAGAAAGCGGACAGUUGGCAUAUCAGUGUUUAAACGUGGCUUAAUUUAGGUUAACGAUGAUUUAGGCAUUUUGAAGGACCAUUUCUCGUUCGAG